GCAACGAAUGACCAAAGGAACGCAGCAAAAUACCAAGACAUGCUGGACGAUUACUGGCACAAGCGCGAGCUGGAGCAGGUCAGCAUCAUGGAAGCAAGGCAGGAUUUGAUGAAGCAGCAGCAGUUCCUGUUUCGUCUGCCGUCAGAGUUAAAGACCGCUGAGAUGCAGGCCAAGAUGGCCGGCAUGCGGCUUGACAACGCAGAGAAAUCGUUGGGUUACAUCACAGGGCAUCUCGACGAGCUUCAAAGCGCCGCACCCCUGAAGCCCACCAAUCCGUACGACUGGCUGCCUCGAGUGAAUUGCUACCGUCUGGGGCAGACCCCAGCCGAAGCCAGCAUGCCGGAGUGGUUUCUCUGGUGCCCCUGGUCUGUGCACCGCGGCAACCACGAGCGACAUGGCGACUUUCUUUGCUCUGCUCAGCCCAGUGGUUGA